AUGCUGUCGGCCGUGGCGAAGCUGUGCUGUGGGAUUUCAUACCAACACCUCAGGAGUGUGACAGGUCUGCAGCGUCCGGCCAUGGCAGCUUUAGGGCAGGAAAUGUCCCACAUGCAGAAGAGAGGAAAUAUGUGGCUGACAAGCAGGAGCCUGGAGGUGGUGUGGAGGUGGAGGAGUGAGAGAGAGGAGACAGAGCAGACAGGUGGACAGUGUGAUGGUGUGGAGGACACAGACACAGACCUGUGGUACCAGCAGCAGGGACGUGACGCACUACAGAAGGCUCUGAACAUCACACUGAACACUGAGGGCUGGAAGACAGAAAUAAUCACAGAGGACAGCGGACAGGUCAUCUACAGUAAAGUGCUUCAGGGGAAUCAGAAGGUGUUCCGGCUGGAGGCUGAACUCGACGCCUCACCUGAAGAGAUACACGAGGUUCUGUUUGUGAGAGUGGAGGAGAUGAGCGAGUGGAACCCCAGUGUCACACACGUCAAGGUACUGAAACGCAUAGGGAAGGAAACCAUGGUAACGCACGAGGUCUCAGCAGGAAAAGCGGGCAAUCUGAUUGGCCAGAGGGACUUCCUGAAUGUCAGGCAUUCAGUGAAGACGAACAGAUGUGUUUAUGUGGGAGGAGCCGCGACUCACCUGGAGGCUUUUCAUCCACAGCCAGGAUUCAUCAGAGCUGAAGACGGUCCCACGUGUAUAAUAAUCGAGCCGUUACCAAGCUGCCCUGGAAAGAGUAAAUUCACCUGGAUGCUCAACAUGGAUGUGAAGGGCUGGCUUCCUAAAUCUGUGGUGAAUCAGGCGCUUCCUCAGGCUCAACUCGACUUCACAAGACACCUACGGAGACGACUGGAGAUGGGCAGGAAGUGA